GGCAUAUCCAUGUGUCCAAGAUGGCGUCGCUCGUUGAUAACUACGAGCAGCAGUACGCCGUUCUGACAGCUGACAUCACUGCGAAAAUUGGCCGGAUUAGAGUCCAGAGUGGCGGUGAGAAAAAAGCCUUCGUCCAGGAUGUGGACCGGCAAAUCGAGGAGGCACAGGAGCUGCUGGAGCAAAUGGAAUUGGAGGUUCGUGGGAUGAACGGAACAGCACGCGACCGUCUACGUGGUCGCGUAGAGAGUCACAGAGCGGAAUUGAAACGCUUGACGCAAGAAUUUCAAAUAGCAAAGAAACCAAAGGAGGAUGUUACAGAAAUCACAGUAGAAGAGUCUUGGGACAAUAAUGUAACAGAAGAUCAAAGGAAAAGACUAUUGGAUGCCUCUGAAAGAAUAGAACGAUCAGGGCGAACGUUACAGAAUGGUUAUCGUAUGGCAUUGGAGACUGAGGAGAUCGGUUCUCAAGUGUUGAAGGAGCUUCACGAACAGCGAGAGACAAUACAACGGAGCAGAGGAAGAUUACGCGAAACAGAUGCAGAGUUGGGGCGAGGGUCUCGAUUAUUAUCAGGAAUGAUCUUUCGGAGCCUUCAACAGAGAAUUAUUUUGGCAGGAGUAGCAUUAGUGCUUAUAAUCGUUGCGUGCAUUGUGAUAUACUAUAGUUUUAAGAGUUAAAGAGAACAAACAUUUUUUUCUUCGGCCAGAUCCACCAGAUGUGGUUUGGAAGUUGUAUUUAUUAUCAGAGACUCUUUAAAAUGUUAUUUCUAUCAAAUUGUGAGGUAAUCCUGUAUUAUAUCGUCUAUCCAACUUUCUUGUACUUGUUUGUCACAUUUUGCCUUAGAAGACAUCAGUCUUUACUACACAUUUAUUCUUUUAUUAAUCUGACAAGCAUCAGACGACUGAAUUAUGAUCUCUUAUCUUAUUAAAGUCAGUACCUUAA